AUGAAUAAAAGGAAAGGUGACCGCGAGAUAGAACAAGGUUCGAAAAGAAGAAAAACGAUUACUUUUGCUGAAAAACUGAAAAUUAUUGAAAUGGCAGAGAAGGGUGAAAAACUAGCGGAAAUAGGAAGACGUUUAGGAUACAGUAGAUCAACAGUUAACACAAUAGUAAAAUCAAAAGAAUGUUUGAAGUGUUAUGUUAAAGAUGGGGUAAAUCUUCAACAAACUUCAGGUACUCGUAUACGUUCUAAUGUGAUGGAAGAAAUGGAGGGGAUUUUGAAAGUUUGGUUAGACUCUCAAUUACACAGAAAUAUUCCUUUAAGUCUUUCUGCUAUCCAACAAAAAGCUAAGGAAAUUUAUUCAGAAUUAAGAAAAAAAUGGAUGAGAACGCAACUGAUACGUUUAAUGCAAGUUGGGGAUGGUUUAGAAGAUUUAAAAUCAGGGCCAACUUAA